AGCGCGUACGUGGGGCGGGGCCGCGGCGGGACAAAUGCAGAGCGCACGCGCUUGGCUGGCUGGCGACUGCACAAGCAGGGAUGGCGUCGCUUCAGCGUUCUCGGGUGCUACGCUGCUGCAGCUGCCGCCUCUUCCAGGCGCACCAGGUAAAAAAGAGUGUCAAGUGGACAUGCAAAGCUUGUGGAGAGAAGCAGUCCUUUUUGCGGAGUUCCCCAGACACGGAGCUCCUGCUUCCGAGCUUCCUGUUCCUUCAGGAAGUGAAAUGGAUGGAGCAGAAUCUGGAAAGGCUUAUGGUGAAGGCUCUGGUGCUGACUGUAGACGCCAUGUCCAAAAGUUAAAUCUACUACAGGGACAAGUUUCAGAGCUGCCACUCAGGUCUCUAGAAGAAACUGUCAGUGCCAGUGAAGAAGAAAACGUGGGACACCAGCAGGCUAGGAAUGUGAAGCAGCAGGAAAAAUCGCAGCCUUCAGAGAGUCGCUGGCUGAAGUAUCUAGAAAAGGACUCCCAAGAACUGGAGCUGGAAGGAAGAGGAGUGUGUUUCAGCAAACAGCCUUCAUCCAAAAUGGAGGAGCCAGGCCCCCGCUUCAGUCAAGACCUGCCUAGAAAAAGGAAGUGGAGCGGGAGCACUGUCCAGCCUCCGUGCAGCCGUGGCGUGCAGGACUCGGGUGGCUCUGAGGUCGCCUGGGGACCCCAGAAGGGACAGGCUGGCCUGACAUGGAAGGUGGAACAAGGCAGCAGCCCCUGCCUCCAGGAGAACUCUGCAGACUGCAGUGCCGGGGAGCUGAGGGGUCCUGGGAAGGAGCUAUGGAGUCCCAUCCAGCAGGUUACAGCCACAUCCUCUAAAUGGGCGCGAUUUGUCCUGCCACCUAGAAAAAGUUCACAUGUGGACAGUGAGCAGCCAAGGUCUCUUCAGAGGGACCCCAGGCCAGCUGGUCCAGCACAGGCUAAGCAAGGGACCCCCAGAGCACAGGCCUCAAGGGAAGGCCUCAGCAGGCCCACUGCCGUUGUCCAGCUUCCUCGGGCCACACACCCCGUCACAUCCGGGCCUGAGAGGCCUUGCGGGAAGACCUCAUGGGACGCAAGGACUCCCUGGGCAGAGGGUGGGCCCCUGGUCCUGGAGGCACAGAAUCCUCGACCCACACGACUAUGUGACCUCUUUAUAACUGGGGAAGACUUUGAUGAUGAUGUGUGAUCUGGGACUGGCAGGUUAUUAAUCGAGAUACACUUGUUAGGAGGGACAGGGUUCCCCUAAGGCACUUUUAAAGAUACUCUGUAAGAACCAUUAACAAUAAACUUACUGUCAAUCA